GUUUACGAAAAAACUAAGAAUGUGUUAGUGAUAUACGUAAACGAUUUAACACAAUGUCACUACGUUGCCGUCUGAACAACGACUGAUUGGACGAGUGUGUAAAUUUGACGUGAAAUUAUCGUGCAUAUUUCGGCUGGUGAUAAGAUUGUGUUAGUGAUAUAUGAAAAAAAAAAUCAACACAGUCUUCGCUCAUGUUGUUUCUCUGCUAUUGAACAAGGACUGAUUGGAUGAGUGAAUACAUGUAAUGAUCGUGCAGAAUUCGGCUGGCGAAUUACCCCUCUGGCGUGGCAGACGAAGUUCUCUCACAAUUUUGUUUUUCAUCAUAGUUAUUGGCCAAAGCGAGUAAUCUAUCAUCCUUACUGUGGUGUAGCUCAUGUCGUUGAGUUCUGAGGGAGAGCGUCUUGAAAUUCAAGAUGAAUGAACCCAUGCAGCUGUUUAGUAGGUGGAGAUAUAGUGUGAUUAAAUUACUUUUUUAAGUUCGAAUUUAAGUCGAAAUUAGUAAAAUGGGCGUAACUCCGGCCCCCGCGACAGGAUCAAGAUCAUUCAAUACCCAUCGCUCUUGCUCUUUGUGACUGGUCACUUUUGCAAAAAAGACGCCGCAACCUUGCACGGCGGCACUGCUCACCGCGGAACUCAUCUCCCUAUUUUGAGAAGAUGUCAAAAAUUGGAUGUUCGGAGACUGACAUACUAAUGCAACAGCUCAGUGAAGAAACCAAUGGCGGUAAACCGAUAUUAAUCAAACCUAUUAUUCAACGCACCUGCGCAAACAUGUUUUUUAGAUAUAUGUGUUCGGUACGUUUUGAACAUGAUGACCGGGAAUUUUGUAAAGUAGUUGAGUUUUUCGAUGAAAUUUUUUGGGAAAUAAACCAAGGAUAUAUUUUCGACUUUUUACCUUGGUUGGCACCAUUCUACAGAAACUACAUCAAUAAGAUAACUCACUGGUCCAUUACUAUACGUUGCUUUAUUAUGAACCGCAUUAUAAAAGAACGGGAACAAUUUAAAAACCAAUCUGAAGAUGACUUCACAGAUGCUUUACUUAAAAGUCUCAUUGAGGACAUGAAUGUCUCGCGGGAUACAAUAAUAUUUAUGUUGGAGGAUUUUAUUGGAGGACAUUCAGCUGUGGGAAAUCUAGUAAUGCUUACCCUGAUGUAUUUGGCUAAGCACCGCAAUGUUGCGAAAAAAAUUCAAUUGGAGGCCGAUUCAAUUGCAACACGAGAACGUCGAACGAUCAGUUUUUAUGAUAUUGAUGAAAUGCCUUACACUAUGGCAACCAUUUUCGAAGUUUUAAGAUGUUCGUCUUCACCCAUAGUUCCACACGUGGCAACCGAGGAUACUAUAAUAUCUGGUUAUGGUGUUGCAAAGGACACUAUCGUUUUUAUAAACAACUACAACUUAAACCAUAAUAAAUUGUUUUGGAAACAACCGCAGCACUUCCAACCUGAAAGAUUUUUGGAACAGCCGUGUAAGAAAACCGGAUCCAAACAAGUAGUUAGCGGGCCGAGCAGCUCUGCAGAAAUUCUAACAGGAACAUCUUCUGAAAAACCGAACGAGUCGAUGCUGAACCGAAAAAAUAGUUCUCUUCCGCAGAUAAAGAAAAACAUACCAUUUUUCCUACCAUUUAGUAUUGGAAAGCGUACGUGCAUUGGACAGAAUUUAGUACGAGGCUUUGGUUUUAUUUUAAUAGCAAAUAUAUUAAGGCAAUACGAUAUCAAUUACGAAGACAACGCUACUGUACAUAUAAAAACAGGGAGCAUUGCACUUACACCAAAAGCGAUACCGUUAGUUUUAGUAAAUAGAAAUAAAAUCCUUUAAAUAAAAACUUUAUGAUAUUUAUGGAAUUUGUGCACUAGAAAUUCUAAAAUAUGCGUACGUAUAAAACGUAUAUGGUACAUCUAAAAUUUCACUAUUCAUCUAAAAAUUUGAAACAGUAACGCUUUCUUUGCUACAUAACAUCUAUCUAUUCGUUAAUUUAUCUUUUGGUAUUAUUUAGACGCAUGUUCUAUGAUUUAGAACGUUAGCAGAAAAAAUAUUUUUUUUUCGUAUUUAAAUUUUAGCUAACUAUA